CAUUCCAACUCUUUUACUGCACUCCAUCUCCUCGCCUCCUCCGCUCCCUUCUGCCUCUGUUCUUGCCACCUACCUUUGACAGCUCCAUCCCUCCCUCUCCCUCUUGCUCCCCCCCUUCUACCCCUCCUUCGUCGCAUGUCCCAUUUGCUUCCACUCUGCGAGUCCAAAAGCCAUUUUUUUAGGGGGUUCGGCUGCUUCUUCCGAAGUCAGGGACGGGGGAAAGGGUUUCAGGGAGGGAGCUAUUCCAUUGCGGCUUAGAUCUGUGCGGACGUUGCUUUCCAGCAGCGCCUCCGUUCGUGCCUUGCUGAGCCGUCUUCUUCCUUUGAUCUGGUGGACUGACGCAGAGUUGCGCUGGAGUAGCGCUCGGCCCCGCGCGCCUUCUUUCUGAUGGGGGUUGGCUUAGAAAGCGGAGUAGGCUGCUGAGAUUUGUGCAACGGCGGAAAGAUGCGAUCUCGGUGAAGAAGUGGAGGUCAGAGGUGAUUUACUGGAAGAAUUAUGUCAUCUCUGGGGGAACAUUUGAAUAAUAAAACUUUUCUUUUGGGCCUUAAGCUAUGGGUUGUAAUUGGAAUAGCAGUCGGGGUGUCUAUGUUGGCUGUUCUUUUGAUCUUAGUCAUAUGUCUUAAUGCAAGGAGUCAGAAGAGGUUGAGGACUUCUAUCAAUCUCCCGGUUACCCAGAUACCAGCAGUCUCAAAGGAAAUUAAAGAAGUGAGAGUACAACAAACACCAACUAAUGAUUUUGUCUUACAUGAUGGGGUUCUUACGCAUCGUGACAAAUCAAACGAAAAGGAGUCAAAUAGGGUUAUUGCCCAUUUGGGCAUGGGAACAUCAAGGCAUGAGGAUGAAAACAGUCACUCAGGUUCAUCUCAUUGCAUAGAUAAAGAUGGUAGUUGCCAUUCUGGAGAUGAAGGACGUUCCGGAAUAGUCACCACACGGAGGCAAUCUUACCCUAUGACUGCUCCAUCACCUUUGACCGGCCUCCCAGAGUUCUCUUACCUCGGCUGGGGUCACUGGUUUACCUUAAGGGAUUUGGAAAUUGCAACCAAUCGCUUUUCAAAGGAUAACAUACUUGGGGAGGGUGGUUAUGGUGUUGUUUAUCGAGGACAACUCAUCAAUGGUACUCCUGUGGCUGUUAAAAAGCUUCUUAAUAAUCUAGGUCAAGCAGAGAAGGAAUUCAGAGUGGAAGUGGAAGCCAUUGGUCAUGUACGCCACAAGAAUUUAGUGCGAUUACUUGGAUAUUGUGUGGAGGGUACCCAAAGGAUGCUAGUGUAUGAAUAUGUCAAUAAUGGAAAUUUAGAACAGUGGCUCCAUGGGGCUUUGCGUCAGAAGGGUUCUCUCACUUGGGAGGCUCGCAUAAAGAUUCUUUUGGGCACUGCCAAAGCCCUUGCAUAUUUGCAUGAAGCGAUCGAACCAAAGGUGGUGCAUCGUGACAUAAAAUCCAGUAACAUAUUGAUUGAUGAUGAGUUUAAUGCAAAAGUGUCUGAUUUCGGUUUAGCCAAGCUGUUGGGAGCUGGUAAAAGUCAUAUAACUACAAGAGUUAUGGGAACCUUUGGUUAUGUGGCUCCUGAAUAUGCUAAUUCCGGGCUUUUAAAUGAAAAGAGUGACGUAUACAGUUUUGGUGUUGUUCUUCUAGAAGCAAUUACAGGGAGAGAUCCUGUUGAUUAUGGGCGCCCCACCAAUGAGGUAAAUCUUGUUGAUUGGCUGAAAAUGAUGGUAGGGAGUAGGCGGUCAGAAGAAGUUGUGGACCAGAACAUAGGCACAAGACCAUCAACAAGGGCACUUAAACGGGCUCUUUUGGCAGCUUUACGGUGUGUUGAUCCUGAUUCAGAGAAGAGGCCAAAGAUGGGUCAAGUUGUCCGGAUGCUAGACAACGAUGAGCCAAUUCCACGAGAGGAACGGAGACACCGUCGAAACCGUGCAGGAGGCACAGAAAUUGACUCCCAGAGGGACAGUUCCGACACCGAUAAAAGUGACAACCCAGAUAGUAUAUACAGCAGCCGAAAGAGCAAGCCAGCUUCAAGCAAAUGAGGUUCCAGCCGGUUGCAUUCUUAGUUAUCGCAAGCUGUUUCCCUCGCCACGACGACUCGUAUAUACCUGCUAUCCCUCUUCCGAGAGUGGCUGGAACCUAAAUGAAGUGCGGCCGAAAGGGAAAUCGCAUUCAUGCAUGUGUUUUGUAUUUGAUGUCAUAGAUGCACUCCGAACAGUGUGUGUGUGCAGAGGCUUUCAAUUAGCUUCUUUAUCAGAUCAUAUGACCUUUGCUGAAAUAGCUUCAUUAAUUCAUGAUCGGCUUGACAGAGAAAAAUAA